CCAUGAGUCCAGGAAGUGCUCGGUGGUUUCGACCACUGCGCUGCUCUGCUCAUGUACCACCCCCCGGGACUCUCCCCUGCCUGGAGUUUCCACACUGCACUCUCGUUGUGGCGAAUUCACUCAACGUGUGACCUGAUCGACCGCUUGGGUUGAGUUGGUUUAGGUUGAGUUGCAUCGCUGAUCCCAGUCGGUGGAGUUGGCGCUGGCCUCCAUUCAAUCCACCGAUUCGUUCCAUCUUAGGUUUCGAUUUUUCUGGGAUUAGGUUUCGUUGCAGCCAGUGAACAUUUCCGGCGCCUCGGGCUCUCUCGGGGACCGAGAAGAUCUUCAGAAGUCAUGGCACAAGAGGUCGAGGUCGUCACCAACAAUGAUCACACCCUGAAUCCCGUACCGUCCGACGAUGAGGACUCCGACUUUCCUGAGUUUGAGUUUCCAGUCGAUGGGGGUGACGGGGAAAUCCCCAGUCCCAGCAUGGCAUUGGUCUGUACUGAGUCUGGGAAGUCCGUCGACGUGUCCCCACAGAAGAUGCCUCCGGCUCAUCAUGAAGGUAGCACCGACUCGCUGCUAGCUCGCGUAAGUGCCCCGCUCUCGGAGGAACCAGCCCAACCUGAAGUUAGCAAGCAUGUUGUCACUGAAGCGGCGAAGCCGGCCAGUGCUAUCCUUGAAGGGGCUAGGCGGAAGGUGUUGCAAUCUAAUCCCUCUUUCAAGAGCUUAGUGAAUAUUCUAGGAGGGCGAGCCGCCUCGCCGACGAGGUUUGAAAGUCUGAAAGUAGCUAUCAAACAAUCUGAGAAUGAGGAGUUGCAGGAUGGAUUUGAUUUGCAUUCUGAGGCGGCGAAGGUGCUUGAAAUUCCUCAGAUUAGAAGGUUAAGUCUCAUUUCGAGAGCGACGCAGACACAGUCAAAGGGGCCGAAGACUCCUGAGCGGGCCAAAACGGGACAUGAGACUAGCGUGAGUCCGCUUGGUGAAAGGUUCUCUAGAAAUAAGUUGCUUGAGGAGGCCGCACGUGCGCUCUCAGGUAAGCCUGCACCCAGGAAUUUCUCCGAGAAACGGAUAAUGGCAGACCGCUCAAGAUCGCCCAUUUCUUCCCACAUGCAAGAGCAGGCCAACGGUGCCAGCCACCGUACUAUUUCUCCCUCAGUUGGGAACAUCGCAACUCCUAAAAAAUUGUCCAGCCCACGGCGUACCGUCACUUCAGGUCUGGCACGUGCUGCUUCGGAUCGGUCAGUGUCACCAGUGGUGUGCAGCUCAUCGUGGAAGGACACAGUAUACAGCGAUAUGCCGAAGGACAAAAGGCCAAAUUUAUCCAUAGAGGGUCCUACCACGCCACCACCACGGUUUCUCACUCCUACACGAGCUGCAGCUCUGAAAGCUGUGAAACCGCCUCUAACUCCCAAUCAGGCCGCGUCCAAAGGCUCUUUGCACACAGCGUUUGGAAUCACGACUCCAGUUAGAGUGGUUCCGAAAAAAACUCGUAAGGAACACCAUGCACCUGCGAAGCCAGACCACGCCAAGAACAAUCCCACUGUUACAGAGUGCAUGGGGUUCAAUUUCAGGACGGACCAGAGAGCAGAGCGACGUAAGGACUACAACGCCAAGGUCGAGGAGCGGCUCAAAGUCAAGGAAGUGGAGAAGAAACGGCAGGAGCAGAAAGUGCAAGAGGAGAAAGAGGCGCAAUUGAGGGAGCUGCGGAAGAGCUUGAAUUACAAAGCUAAUCCCGUCCCACGAUUUUAUCAAGGGCCUGCACCCUCGUCACCUGAGAUUCGCAAACCGGCGCUCACAAGGGCGAAAUCUCCUAAUUUCAGAGCCACCCGACGAUCCAGUGUGAUCGAGAACUCCAGCAGCAGGACGAGUCCCCUGCGGAGCACCAGCCGGCUGCUCAGGUGCCCAUCUCUGGAAAGCAAUUCCGGUCAUUCGGGACAUUAUGCUCCGAGUAAGACGACGCCUAGGAAGCAGCCCUUUAGACCGAUCUGAGGGUGUCUCCAAUUUCCAGCUGACCAGCAUUUAUUUUCCCCGGAAAAUCUGACUAACAAAUUGGGAGUCUCAUCCAGCAACGUACAUGUGGUGAUUGAGCUCAAAACAUCUAGUCCCUCUCAACCAGGAUUUGUUAGUCCUCAUUGAAUUAUUAUAUCGAUUACGCUGAGCGAUCGGCGUCAAAGCUCGCCAACUCAGUUGGAAGGAGAAGGAGGCUUCAUACUGAUCCCGACUAAUUCAGCACUACGCCGAAGACGUUGUCGCUGCUAUCACGAGGUAUACGGGCCUUCAACACUUCAGCAUCGUCACCGAAGUACCUUAUCCUACAUUUUUUAUGCUUCUUCAAGUGAAUAAUUCACUCACAAGGAGAAGAUUCGACGACAAUUUCUACAUCCACCGAAUUGCCAUUGACAUAACCUUAACAAAACCUUCUUGAUGGUCAGGAACAAUUAAAUUGGAGUGAAAUCACUCUUCAGGAUCAGUCAGCUAUCAGAUUCUCAGCUGUUGCCGUGAACUAACUUCCAAGCAAGGUUUAUAGAUUUAUUCAUCCUUCACAACGAUCACAAUUAGAGUAUACCGGUAAACAGUGCAUAAAUAUUUAAGGAUGAGCAUGACCGAUCUCGCUACUAAAUUUCCAAUAUUAUCGUCUCACUGACAUGUACAUUUUUGUAUAUAUAUAGAUAUAUGGUAAGAUGAAAGCAACCAACAUUA